AUGUUGGAGGACCCACCGCAAAAAUCUUCUCCUGGAAAGUUCAGUCGAAAGAUUUGGGAACUUGGGAAUGUAGAGUUUCUUCUGUUACAAUCCAAACAUCUCCAUUUUCAAAUCCAUUUUCUAAGAGGGAAAGAGGCAACUUUACUGCAAGCAAAUAUAGGGCCACUACUGUCAAAAAUGGCCCCGAAGCGCUCAACGAAGACGGUGGUGAAGACCACCAAGCAAGUUGUGAGAGAAACAGUACAAGUCUCAUCAGCGGUUCAAAGCAAAAGGCGGAAGAAGCAGAGUGAAGACAGUGGUGAUCAAACUCGGAAGCCAGUCAAGACUAUCAAGACUAUUUCCAUUGAAACCCAAGAAGAAAAUCAAACCCAAAACGUGGAAAUCUCAGAGCCACUCAAGACUAGAAGGAUCCCCAUUCAAACAGAAGAGGAAAACCAAAUCCUAAAGGGCCAAAACGCUGAAGCAAUAACCACUCUCACUUCUGAUCAGAAAGAGGCAGCAGAAGAAGAAGAAGAAGAAGAAGAAGGAGAAAAGAAAGAAGAUCACGAAGACACAGUGGAAACCAGUAUAACUUCUGAUGAGAAAGAAGACGAACAGAAAAGUGAAGAGGUCAAGACCCUAGAAGGAGAAAAGGAAGAUCCCAUGGAAACCAAUACAACUUCUGAUGAGAGAGAAGAAGAGGAAGAAGAAACAACAAAGAAAGAAGAGCACAAAAGUGAUGAGGUGAAGACCCAAAAAGGAGGCAAGAAAAGUAGUGAGAAGAAGAGGAGGAGGAGAGAGAGAGGUGGAGGAGAAGAGUACAAGAUAUAUGUGCAUAGGGUUUUGAAGCAGGUGCACCCUGGCAUGGGAGUGUCGUCCAAGGGCAUGACAGUGCUAAACAAUUUGAUGAACGACAUGUUUGAGAGGCUGGCGGAUGAGGCAGCGAGGCUGACCAAGUACACGGCAAGAAAAACCUUGUCGUCUAGGGAGAUUCAGGCGGCAGUGAAGCUGGUUUUGCCCGGUGAGCUCGGGAGACAUGCCAUGGCAGAGGGGACCAAGGCUGUAUCAACCUAUGUGUCCAAUAAUCAUGGAAGACAGUCCAAGUCUUAAUUAGGAUUUAACCAAAACAAGAGUCUUAAUUAGGAUUUCGUUUUAGUUUGUUUAUUUAUAGAUGUUACUUUCUUUUUGUAAAUUGGUCUUCUUUCUUUCUUUGUUUUGGGUUCGGAUAACCAUGGGUAGAGAUGAU